AUGUGGAUACUACCAUUAUUAGGGUACUUGGGUGUGGUAGUAGGAUUUUGCUUUCUCACUCUGGCUAUAGCAUCGGGCCUCUAUUAUCUCUCUGAGCUUGUCGAAGAACACACCGUCCUGGCGCGCCGACUUCUAUCCCGCCUGAUAUAUGGCAUAGUCGCAAUCCAAAUCCUGCUCUUUCUCUUCGACAGGUUCCCAUUCUCUCUUUCACUACUCAGUAUCGGCUCCCAUAUUGUCUACGCAACCAACCUCCGGCGCUUCCCCAUAGUAAAACUCUCCGACCCGUUCUUCAUCCUUUCGUGCUUUCUAGUCGGUCUUAACCACUGGCUUUGGUUCCGGCACUUCUCUAAACCCAUCACACUGCCGCGGAGCUCCACAAGCUGGCGGCAACCAUACCAGGCUGAUCUUGGUGACAUGCCGAGCUUUACGGAAGUGGCGUCAUAUUUUGGACUCUGCGUGUGGUUGGUGCCAUUUGCGCUGUUUGUCAGUUUGAGUGCUGGUGAGAAUGUGCUGCCUACUAUGGGAUCUGAAUAUGCGACGGGUGAGCCUGUUCCGACGGCCGGGUUAAGUCGGGGCUCUUUGGGGGUUGAUGGCAAGAAUAAGAAUAAGGGCAUGGCGAAGGCGCUGGUUGAUGGGGUUAGAGAGUGGGUUAGUGAGAAUGGGGAAUUGAUGGGAUUCUGGAAAGGUGAUCGUGCAAAGCGCUUUUAA